CGUUUCCCCGUAUAGAGACAAAAACCUGAAAAGUGACACGAAAGAAAGUAUUUCAUGAAACUCAUUUUUCAGUAUAAUAUUUUCAACGUUCGCGAGAAGUAGUUUUUGUGAGUAGCAGAUAUUAUGUGCUCGCGCUGAGUGAUUUGAGUACGUGUGAGCGAGCGAGAGAAAAGUAUUCUGUAUUGGACAUACAGCUUAGGUUGUUUUUAAUUUUACAAUAUAACUAGACAAAAUUUCACUCGUAAACGGAAUUAGAAAAAUUCAUUUGAAUUUGAGUUAUUAGUGCUUUUUAGAGUGCGCGUAAAAUAUAGACAUUAAUUUAUCAGUAUAUAUAUAUAUUCGUAUAUAUAUAUACCUCUAAAUAUUUUUUAUUAUACGGGACUAAGACACUUUCACCAUUCCCCACAACGACGUUUACGCCGUUGGAGAAUUGGUGGACCCGAUGAUGUCUUUGCCAAUGAACUCGUUAUACUCCCUGACAUGGGGAGACUAUGGAACGUCACUUGUGUCGGCCAUUCAACUUUUGCGCUGCCAUGGUGAUUUAGUUGACUGCACUUUGGCGGCUGGAGGGCGUAGUUUCCCUGCGCAUAAAAUAGUUUUGUGCGCUGCAUCGCCUUUUCUGUUGGACUUGCUAAAGAACACGCCAUGCAAGCAUCCAGUAGUAAUGUUAGCCGGCGUAAAUGCAAACGAUUUGGAAGCAUUACUUGAGUUUGUGUACCGAGGAGAAGUAAGUGUCGACCAUGCGCAAUUACCAUCUUUGUUACAGGCGGCUCAGUGUUUGAACAUCCAAGGAUUGGCGCCACAAACUGUAACCAAAGAUGACUAUGCCACGCAUUCUAUACAAUUACAACAUAUGAUACCGCAACACCAUCAUGACCAAGAUCCACUUAUUGCAACAAUCGCCACUGGACCCCAACAAACUGUUCACGCUCAAGUCGUCGAGGAUAUUCAUCAAGGACAAAUAUUACAGACCACAACUCAGACCAAUGCCGCCGGACAACAAACUAUCGUUACUGCUGAAUCGCCUAAGGAUGUAAUACAACAAUUUUUGCCUGCACGGAAACGUAAACCACGCGUAAAGAAAAUGACACCUAAUGCACCGAAAAUAGCAAAAGUUGAGGGUAUGGAAACAAUUAUAACUACACCGACCACGUCCGGAGCUGUUCAACAAACUCAGCAAUUACAAGGAAUUGAAAAUGGCAAUGAAACUCAAAUUAUAACGUCGACACCGCAUAUCAAAAGUGAAGUGACCAAAGUGGAGACAAUUGUAACAAUGGACCCAAAUAUAAGCGGAAUAAACCCUAUUAAUGUCGCUGGCGAUUCCACCAUGAAAGUAAAUAAGCGCAUUAAAACACCUGGAAGUGAUAAACCUCGUUCACGGUCUCAGUCGGAACAACCUGCUACGUGUCCAAUAUGUUAUGCUGUUAUUCGUCAAUCUCGGAAUUUGCGUCGUCACUUGGAACUAAGACAUUUUGCUAAACCUGGUGUUAAAAAGGAAAAGAAAAUUCCCGGUAAAAAGAUUACAACUGUCACUGGCCCUGGAUCAAGUAAUGUUGCUGGCACAUCAACGAUAACAACAACAGCCGUUAGUACAUUGCCACAAGUACAAUCUGUGCAAUCACUACAUACAUUGCAGACUGUACAAGUGAAAAAGGAACCCGAUGCGCAAGGCCAAACAAUGACAGUUACGACUACUGCAGGAGGACAACCACAACAGGUGCAGGUGCAACAACAACAACUGCAACACCACCAAAUCAUAGAUCAAUCUGGCAAUAUAACAACUACUACAACUACGGCACAACAGCAACCACAGGCAGGACAACAAAUCGUCACACAAACUGAAAACACUGACGGAACAACAUCUUUGUCUAUUGCGCAAGUACAAACGUUGCAAGGUCACCAAAUAUUGGGCAAUCUCAAUCAGGGCAACAAUAAGAACAUAUUGGUAAAGAAGGUUUUCAUUUUGAAAGGCGGUAAUAAUACGUAAUGAUGAGCCAACGAUAUGAUCUGCGGUAACGGAGGAGGAGGCGGUGUCAAUGGAAGUGGAAGCGGAACAAUAUCAACUAGUGGCAGCC